AAUAGUUAGUUAUAACGUUAGUCACUUCUUUUCCACAAAGUACUUUUCUACAUUUUCGCUAGAUUUUAUUGAUAUUUCUAUAGUCAGGAUGUGUUCCAAGCCACAGGAGCGUGCAACACGCCGUCAUGACUCUGGCAAAGUCUGUCGCGAUCUUCUAUACAUGAGAUCCAAGCGCGCCAGACGGGAAGUGCCCGCCUUCACCUAUCAGGCCUUGCAGAAAAAUACAGUUGUAGCGCCGCCCCCAAAGAUUGAUAUCUUCAAACGCCGUCCGAAUAAGGAAACCGUAUUCAAGAUCUACUUUAGUCGUGGCGACAUACCUGUGGUCUUGGCCGGUCGCAGCAACAAAUCAGAUCCAACCAAGGAACGUCCCUUGCGUUGGUACUGCACGCCAGAAGAUCUGGAUUAUUGCUACUACUUGCCCAUAUUUGUGGAUGGGUUGGCCGAUGCCGAUAACGAUACGCGUUUCUUGGCAUUUAAUGCCGCCAUCGACAUGAUUAUGAAGGCGCCCCAAAAGGUUCUGCCAGUGCUACCAAAAGUUAUUUUGCCCCUGAAACGUGCCUUUCAAACGCGCGACAAGCGCAUUAUCAUCUCAGCACUGCAUGUGCUACAGCUUAUGGUACGACUGGGCCCUUGUGUGGGACAAGCUUUGGUGCCUUUCUACCGCCAAUUACUGGCCGUUUGUAAUCUCUAUAAGAACAUCAACGUCAAUCUUGGAGCUGGCAUUGAUCCUGAUCGCAGCAAACGCAUUGGCGAUGUCAUUGAGGACACAUUGAAACUGUUGGAGCAUUGUGGUGGUCCCAAUGCUUUUAUCAAUAUUAAGUACAUGAUUCCAACUUAUGAGAGCGCUGUAUUUCCGCGCUGUGAAGUGCCACCCCAUGAGGAACCCGGAGAUAUCCAAUCCUAAGUACCCAAGUGCGAAUGACAAUUGUGUUCAUUUUGAUAUGGAACGCAUCAUUAUUUUUUACGAAACGGUUUACAAUUUCAUGUUUAAUACGAUUUUAUUGUGCUAGCGCUAGUCUGUGAAAACAAAUUUCAGUAGAAAUAGAUCCGGAAAUAAAAUUGUUGAAAAGUGAAGUCAGCAA